AUGGAGACUAAAGAAGAGAUCAAGAAAGGUAGUAUAAGCAUGGUUGAAGCUAACCUACCUCCUGGGUUUAGAUUCCACCCGAGAGACGACGAGCUUGUCUGCGAUUACUUAAUGAAAAGAACCGGUCACAGUCUCUAUCAACCAAUUGUCUUGAUCGAAGUCGAUCUUAAUAAGUGCGAGCCUUGGGACAUUCCUAAAACCGCGAGAGUGGGAGGUAAAGAAUGGUAUUUUUACAGCCAAAAAGAUCGGAAAUACGCAACCGGUCAGAGAACUAACCGGGCUACAGCCACCGGUUAUUGGAAAGCAACCGGUAAAGAUAGAGCAAUCCAAAGAAAUGGUAGUCUUGUUGGUAUGAGAAAGACACUUGUGUUUUACCGUGGUCGAGCCCCUAAAGGUCGUAAAACCGAUUGGGUCAUGCACGAGUUUCGUCUCCAAGGAACACUUCUUCACCAUUCUCCUAAUUCUCUCAAGAUGGUUCUCAGAGCUUUGCUAAGUCAGCUCACUAAAAAAGCCGAAAAAUCGCAGAGUUAUGGAGAAGGAAGCUCAGAGAGCCAAUUGACAGACAUUGGCAACGCAAGCCAUGCAGCUUGGAAUUACUGA